AAUCUAUAAUCCUACAUUAUUACCCCCUCUUUCCUUCGCUUUCAUCAGAGAGAGAGAGAGAGGAGAGAGAGCGAAGACGGCGAAGGAGAGAGAGAGGGAGAGCGAUGUCGGACGAGGAGCACCACUUCGAGUCGAAGGCCGACGCCGGCGCUUCGAAGACCUACCCCCAGCAAGCGGGCACCAUCCGCAAGAACGGCUACCUGGUGAUCAAGGGCAGGCCCUGCAAGGUUGUUGAGGUUUCGACAUCCAAAACAGGCAAGCAUGGUCACGCCAAGUGUCACUUUGUGGCAAUUGAUAUCUUCACUUCGAAAAAGCUUGAAGAUAUUGUGCCUUCCUCCCAUAACUGUGAUGUUCCUCAUGUUAAUCGCACUGACUAUCAACUCAUUGACAUAUCUGAAGAUGGUUUUGUGAGUCUUUUGACUGAGAACGGGAACACAAAGGAUGACCUGAGGCUUCCCACUGAUGACAAUCUCCUUAGCCAGAUCAAGGAUGGCUUUGCUGAGGGGAAGGAUCUGGUUGUGACUGUCAUGUCUGCUAUGGGAGAGGAACAGAUCUGUGCUCUGAAGGAAAUCGGCCCCAAAAAUUAAGCCUUUUAUAAGCUUUUAAUAUCAGAACGACAUAUAAACUUCUGCUAUUAAGUGUAAUCUGAUAAUAGAUCUUAUAUGUGAGAUGUUAAGUUUGGUCGACGGAUAUCUGUAGCUUUAUGCAUGCAAGUAAAUGACGAUGACCUGCUUCCUGGAAUGGACCUGUGAAAUGUUGGACGCCUCCAGAACAAGAUUGCUACCCUUUUAAGGUUUUAUAAAGGCUAUAUUGCUCUUCACUA